CAUACACCUAUAUUCAUAAGUUUUGUUUAGUUUAUUUACAAAAAUUUUGGGGAAAGUUGUGUUGCAGUAUUUAUUUAAAUUCACAACAACUAAUAAUUCCAAUUAGAUAAUACUGUGGCUGUUUAUAUUUCUUUAUAUUUUAAUUAAAUUUCAAACAAAACACACUAUAUAAACUAACAUUUUUGCGGCAUCGUAAUUAAAAAAAAACACUAAUUUGCAUGUUAAUUGCAAUUUAGUUCUUUAAUUCAGUGUGUAUUCGCUGCAACAGAUGAGUCAGUUGAAUUCAAGUUAAAAACAACAAUUGUAAAUAUUCCAUCUCCUUUAUCAACAUCAUUAAGAUGUCGUCUAGUAAUCCGGUAUCAAACGGGAUAACUGGUUCCGCAAAAACCCCCACCAUUACUUAUAUUACCGAAUUGCCACCAUCGAAGAGAAGAGAAUUAUGCGAACAUUGCGAUCAAAUUGAUGUAUGGAUGCAAAUGGCUACAAAGAUGGGGUUUAGCGACAAUGAUAUAGAGACCAUUAAAAGACGUAUUCGAAUACCUGGCACCUCACCCACCGGUGAACUGUUAAAAAUAUGGGGUGGACAAUAUAAUCAUAAAAUUGUGGAAUUAUUUGGUGUGUUCCAUAAAUUAAAAAUCUUCCAUGGCAUGCGUAUUAUAAAGGAUUAUGUGCCACCCGAAUAUAAACUAAUGAUACCCAUUAGUAUACCUCGCAUCAGUAAAAUGUUACAAACAAGUCUUUCCAAUAAUAAUGAAAAUUCCGUUAAAAUACGCAAUGGUCCCACACCCACCUCGUCGGGUGUUGAAACCAACAAUAUACGUACUAUGGUGACAACAGAUGAUAAUAACACUACAUCCAGUUCUAGUUCGAACAAUAUCAAUUCUGAACGUAGUCGUUCGGCUAUACAUCCAUCGCGCCAACAGUUAACGAAUAAUUCAAUGCCUAAUAUUCAGGAGAUUACCAGCAUUAUGCCGGAAAUUGAUUAUCAAGAACUUACCGAAGCCACUGAAAAUUGGGAUCAAAAACUUGUUUUGGGUAAAGGUGGUUUUGGUACGGUUUUUCGUGGCUAUUGGAAGCACACAGAUGUGGCUAUCAAACAAAUUGAUUAUCGUGGCGCUGAAGGACGUGAGAGUGCUAAGGUACAAUUGCAACAGAGUUUAAAUGAAUUGAAACAUUUGCAUAAAUAUCGUCAUGACAAUAUCUUGCCAUUGUAUGGUUAUUGUAUAAAAGGUGAUAAGCCUUGUCUGGUUUAUCAGCUGAUGAAGGGUGGUUCGUUGGAGCAGAGAUUAAAUACGAAUAAGUUUCAACCGUUGACAUGGCAGCAGAGAAUUGAUAUUUGUCUAGGUACAGCACGCGGCAUUUACUACUUACACUCUCUGCGUUUGGAUAAACCCCUCAUACAUGGUGAUAUAAAACCCGGUAAUGUUUUACUCGAUCAAUGUUUACAGCCAAAAAUCGGUGAUUUUGGUUUAGCCAUGGAAGGACCCAAUGCCAUCAACAGAGCCGUUCAAGUAUCGCAAGUUUUCGGUACAAGAGCCUAUCUACCGCCAGAGUUUUUAAAUUCAAAAAGACUCAGUACACAAGUGGAUACCUUCAGUUUUGGUGUAGUACUCUUGGAGACAUUUACGGGUCUGCGGGCCAUCGAUAAAAAACGUAAUUUUCUAACCAAGACCAUACGAACUCUAUUGGAAACACACAAUUAUAAUUUGGCCGAAUUAAUUGACAAACGUAUGCAACUGACACAGCCGGCUGAAGAGAUGGUAUGUAUACGUAGCAUUGAUUUGGGUUUACAGUGUAUAAACGAACGUCCCGAACAACGGCCUGAAAUGGAAAUGGUUUUGAGAAUAAUUAACAGUUAUUAUAGCGGCAAUCCUUUUAUGCAAUAAGUGAAAAGUGGAGGGAGGUUGUUUUUUUUUUAUUAUUAUGUAUAGUUUGUUUGUUUUUUUAACAUUCCAGUGUUUGUGUUUAUUUUAUUAUUGACUAUUUUUCUAUAUUUUUUUUAAUAAAAUAUAAAAAUAUACAA